CCGUGUCGUUGAGUAGGCUGAGCGCAUGACCGGUGCAGAUACUAGUACUAGAAGCCGAUCGAGCCAGUCGAAUCCACGCAUCGUCCCAGUGUUUUUCUUAGUGCGUCAUUAACCUAAAGAACAUGGCGGGUGUCCUCGCCAAGAAGUGCAUCAGCCCACUGAUGUUACUCAACAGGACGCUUUCAGCCCCCGAGUUCAGAGCCCAGUGCUUCUACCACGAGAAGGUGGUGGACCAUUACGAGAACCCAAGAAAUGUCGGAUCUUUGGACAAGAAAUCCAAGAAUGUGGGGACAGGUUUGGUGGGUGCCCCAGCUUGUGGAGAUGUGAUGAAACUUCAGAUUGAGGUUGAUGAUCAUGGGAAGAUUGUGGACGCCAAAUUCAAGACCUUUGGCUGUGGCUCUGCUAUUGCAUCAAGCUCUCUGGUCACAGAGUGGGUGAAGGGCAAGUCUCUUGCUGAUGCGUCGAUGAUAAAGAACACAGAUAUUGCCAAAGAGCUCAGCCUUCCCCCGGUGAAACUGCACUGCUCUAUGCUGGCAGAAGAUGCCAUAAGGGCUGCCCUGGCUGACUACCGUCUCAAGCAAGAACCAAACCAGCAGGUGGCAGCAGAGGCCACUAACUAAGUAGAUUUCCCCCCCUUCCCCGGACACCCCUUCUACUCACCAAGGGAACCAUAGCAGUCCUGCCUCCUUUUUGCACUAGAACACAACAUUAUAGGGAGUAGUUACCUUUCAAAGUAUACCAGCGUCAAGAGUUAUUCAAGUUCUUUGUGGCAUUCCUACCAUCCGUAAUCUUUAGCCUGUCACGUAAAACGCACAAUGUAAACACAGAUGGGGUUAAUGGUUAAAAAGUCAAGCCUUACUUGAAAAAGGCGGUUGGAUGUCGAGAACGAAGAACUAGCAAACAUUUGAAAUAUAGUUUUGCUUUUAAUUGGUGAUGCAAUGUUGAAGGUGUUAAAAAGAGCUGAAGAGUAAAACGAUCACGCCUGAAAUACUUCCUUCCUCCCUCCCUGCAUUGUCGUAUCUAGCUCUAUGGCAAAUUCAAUGUUCAAUAAAAUAAGCAACAUUUA